AUGGCUGAUGCUUAUGCCAGCCUGGGUCUGCUCAAGCAUGUGCCAUGUCCUGCAGGUGACAAAUGCACUGCUUUCAAAUGUCUCUUUAGGCAUACCUGGGAUGAGGCUGCUUGGCCACUACCCCAAAGCGAAAAGACAGGAGUUGGAGCUGCUCUUUCAAGUCCCAGCCAGGGUGUGCCAAUAGGUUCUGUGAGCGCCCAGGAGCCUCCACAAAAGCGAGUGAAGGUCACCGAAGCCCCUGGAAAUGGAAGCUCUCACAACAAAAAGGCACUAGGUGAAGAUGCGACGACCAAUGACGCACCGACCAACACCUUAAAGAAAGAUGCCUUAUAUGACCCUCUCUCUGCUCCCAUCACUAUACCCAACCCAAGACAGUCUGUCUCACCUCCCCCUUUGAAGCGCAAACUCCCGAAUCUGAGUUUCUCCUCAACCAGCACGCCGCCAUCUGAGAUCGCGACGUCUGGGACCCCCAAGUCAGGCGCAGAAACGUCACAGAAACCUUCUGCUGGGAUUUCUACCCCUGAUAGCCAGCCUUCCAAAAUCGAGCCGAAGAAGGCCCCGAGAAAGCCCGAGUCCCUCAACCCUCGUCUCCUCAAGAAACCGCCAGCCGGCCAUGAGGUUCGAUACAAGUUGCUGAAGCUACUCCACGCCGAAUACGCACGGCUCAAUUCAGAGCUGAAGAAGGAUGCCAACGACGAAGAAGCCAAGCUCGUGCUUUCUGACCAAGCUCUGAUCUGGAUGGCUCUUGAUGAGGAGCAAAAGAUCGCCACAGAGAAACCAUCCAUCUACUCGAAUGUCAUCAAGAACCGGAUCAUGAAUUAUAAACGCAUGUCCGUUCCUAAGUGGAAGGACGAGCGUUCCGCGUCGAAGAGAGCCGCCACUAAGGCUGGACCGCAGAAGAAGGAACCUCUUGGCCCGCCAAAGGUCAUCGAGACCGGCUUGACCCCCGAGCAGGAGGUCAAGAUCCUACCUAGACUACUCACCCCCAUUGACGACCUGGCCAUGUUCAACUACGUGCCUACUGCUCCCUCCCUUGCAGACAUCCGAAAAGCGCAUGAAGCCGUUGAGAUGUCCAAGGGCUGGGAGAUCUGCGAUCGCUGUCAGAAGCGGUUCCAGGUAUUCCCGGGCCGGAGAGAGAUUGACGGCAGUCUUGCCUCAGGCGGUUCUUGCACCCAUCACCCAGGCAAGACCUACUUCCCAGAGAGACAGUACGGCGACACUUCAAAGCAGACAAAGAAGUACAAAUGCUGCGGACAGGCAGUGGGAGACUCAGCUGGCUGCACUACCACCAAGAGCCACGUCUUCAAGACUAGCGACCCGAAGAGACUGGCAGCUGUGCUCAACUUUGAAGAGACUCCUUCGAACCCGUUGGCUCCCAAAGAUCGUGCUGUAUGCUUCGACUGCGAGAUGGGCUACACAGUCAAGGGCCUCGAGUUGAUCCGCCUCACAGCCACCUCCUGGCCCACUGGUGAAGAGCUCCUUGAUGUGCUGGUUCAGCCUAUUGGUGAGAUCCUGGAUCUGAACUCGCGAUACUCAGGUGUCUGGCCGGAAGAUCUGGGCAAUGCCGUCCCGUGGUCUGCACACUCCAAGCCGACACAAGUCGCAGGUCAAAGAAAGAUACUCCAGAUGGUAUCGUCACCCAUCGUCGCUCGAGAUCUCUUGUUCUCCCUCAUCUCCCCCGAGACACCACUUAUCGGCCACGGCCUCGAGAAUGAUCUCAACUCCGUCCGGGUCAUCCACCCUACUCUCAUCGACACAGUUCUGCUUUACCCCCACAAGCGCGGUGGCCUCCCUAUUCGCAACGGCCUCAAGAUGCUCAUGGAGACCUGCUUGAAUCGCCAGAUCCAGGUGGAGCCUCAGCCUGGCCAGCUCUCUGGACACGACAGCGCUGAGGACGCACGGGCGGCAGGCGAUCUUGUCCGCUUGAAGGUGAAGAACGAGUGGUUCAAGAUGAAGGUCCAGGGAUGGACCUUUGUUGAUGGGGAGCUGGUCCCUCCCGGUGGAGAGGGAAAGGGGAAGGGAAAGGGAAAGGAUGGCCUGCUGAGCGAGGAUUUCCUGGAAGAUGGGGAAAUCGCUUAA